CAAUGACAGGUUCUUUUUUCUGUUUUUGAUUUUGUUUGUUUGUUGGUUUUUUACUUCAUUGUAAAACUUCAGACAAAAGUUUACAACUUGAGCAGCAUUCAGAGGAACGUGUUCAGUGCAAUACCAUGUUUCUUCAUACAAAGCUCCGUGCAAACGGACGAUAUAUUGUUGACCAACAACUCCCAACAUUGUUGGAUGUUACAUGUUAUGUGCGUUUGUACACCCUGUUGCAUGUUUUUGCGUGUUGCUGGGAGUUGUUGCGCAAAUUUAAAAACCUGUCAGAUUUUUAGCCACGUGUAAACGGAGGCAGCAACUCCCAACAUUGUUGGGCCAACAAUGAUGGGGUUGUUGCGUCCGUGUCGGUAGUGGUGUGCAAACGGAUGCAACAGCUCCCAACAAUGUUGGGCCAGCAAUGUUAGGGGUAGCUGCGUCCGUUUGCACGUAGCUUAAGCGCCCAGGGCCCAGUUGUUAGAAGGGCGAUUAGCGUUAACCCAGGGUAAAAUUUUAAUGCAAUUUUUCUUUUCUUUUGUUGAAAAACAUUUUCUUCGAUAAUUUUCUCUAUUCUUUUUAGAGCAUUCAAACAUCAGAUUGCAGGCAAAAGGAAAUUAACCUGCGAACAGCAGACGCAUUUGCGGUCGUCGCUUCUGUCGCUAUUUUUCGGAGGGAGAGAAGCGACGACCGGAAAUGCGUCUGCUGUUCGCAGGCUAAAAGGAAAUAGGCUGAAUCUGCUCUUUAAGCUUUUAUAUCCUAAGGCACAUUUUGCACUAACCCUUGGUUAUCUUAACCCUCCUUUGAACAACCCGGCCCAGGCGUUUAAAAAUGAUUUCUGUUGAUGGAAAGAGCGCUAUUUUAAAAGAGGACAUUUAAAUGGGGAGGGUAUUUUUCCUUCAACGAGUUGUGGGUCAAACAUUAAAGAACACAUAUUGCUUGUAAAAGAAACCAUCUAGAUUGAAAGAAAGCAAUAACUGGAGGUAACUUAAUGGAGAACAACUGUUCAGCGUAGUAGUGUACUCAACGAUUAAAACUAAAAACACACAAACGUGAGGACAGGAAAGGGUUUUGCUUGCGAUAUACCAACAAAGCUCUAUGUUCAUUCAAACAUCGUGUGAGUCUGUUGUCACUGGCGAUGUUCAUACGCGUUUACCCGGGCUUUUGUCGUUCGUCUUCAGUUCUCAUUGGUUCAUUAGGGGACUUAAUCAAGCUGGUUUUGGUUUGAGGUGGUUUUGUUUGUACGACAACGCAUAGGAAAUGCCGCUAACUUCUCAGUCUUUGGUCGUUGCAUUUGUAGAGUGAUGUUCGGUUCAAGUAGCUUGUACGUACUGCAUCACCCAGAGGAACUUGUUAAGAAGAAAAAAGAGGGAGCUCAACUUGAGGAAGUCACCUAUGACUUGGCCCAGGAGGAAAUAGCAGCUAACUCUGGAUUUGACAUGGGUAAAAGCAGCGGUCAAACAAAAAGUACGUAAUAAACAAAUCGUGGUGGAUUGAAAUUGGGUGUGUACACUAUCUGCUCGAAUAAUCGCCGCACCCUCUUCGCUACAAUACUCCUUAGUUCAAAAUCGUCGCAAUACAGUCAACAGUCAACUCUCCUUAAGACGGACGCCUUUCGGACUGGCACUUAGUGUCCAUCUUAGAGUGAUCUCCCUCUCAUAUAGUUAGUCAAAUAAAGGGAUUAAAGAGGUAGGGACCAACUCUAGGUGUCCGUUUUACAGAGGUGUCCAUUUUAUAGAGAGUCAAAUAAAUAGAGUAAAGAAAGGUAGUGACCAACUCUAGGUGUCCGUUUCACAGCGGUGUCUGUUUUAUAGAGAGUUGAAUAAAAGGAGUAAAGAAAUGUAGGGACCAACUCUGGGUAUCCGUUGUACAGAGGUGUCCAUCUUAUAUAAAAUAAAGAAAGGGGGUAAAGAAAUGUUGGGACCAAUUCUAGGUGUCCGUUUUAUACAAUGGUGUCCGUCCUAUAUAUCAAGUCAAAAAAUGGGAGUUAAGAAAUGUAGGGACCAACUCUAGGUGUCCGUUUCACACAGGUGUCUGUCUUAUAGAGAGUCAAAUAAUUAAAGGGAGUAAAGAAAGGUAGUUACCAACUCUAGGUGUCCGUUUUACAGAGGUGUCUCUCUUAUAGAGAGUCAAAUAAAGGGAGUAAAGAAAGGUAGUUACCAACUCUAGGUGUCCGUUGUACGGAGGUGUCGGUCUUAUAGAGAGUCAAAUAAAGGGAGUAAAGAAAUGUAGGGACCAACUCUACGUGUCCGUUUUACAGAGGUGUCCGUCUUAUAGAGAGUCAAAUAAAGGGAGUAAAGAAAUGUAGGGACCAGUUCUAGGUGUCCGUUUUACAGAGGUGUCCUUCUUAUAUAAAGUCACAUGAAGGGAGUAAAGAAAUGUAGGGACCAACUCUAGGUGUCCGUUUCACAGAGGUGGCUGUCUUAUAGAGAGUAAAGUAAAGGGAUUAAAGAAAGGUACGGACCAACUGUAGGUGUCCGUUUAACAGAGGUGUCCAUCUUAUAGAGAGUCAAAUAAAGGGAGUAAAGAAAGGUAGGGACCAACUCUGGGUGUCCGUUUUACAGAGGUGUCUGUCUUAUGGGGUGUUUGUUAAGAGAGAGUUGACUGUAUUACUUUUCCCUUACAUUUAUGCUAAUUAGUCCUUUUUGUCCCGAGCGAUAAUUCUUAAGUGCACUUACAUUAUAAAGGCAAAAAAUAACCAAAUUUGUCUAAAUUUUAAAGAUCUGUGUAUCGCUUGUUAAUGUUUUGUUGUCGUUGUCAUCGCCGUUGCUUGUUUGUUUUUUGUUUUUUGUACAUUUAAUUAGGAGGGGACUAGACCGUUUUUUAAUCCUAUUUUUUGGAACAACGCAAACUAAUAGUGCGUUAAAUCCUAGUACUGUGUAAAUCACCAAUAAGAUAAUUUUAUUUAAGCGAAUACCUGAAAUAAGCGCGCGUAGAGUUGAAGAUGCUUUACAUGUAAUACGGGCUGUAGCCCAUGUUCAAAAAAAAAAAAAAAAAAAAAAAAACGAUAAAUGGUGAAUAGCUUUUCUUUUCCACUGUCUGUAAUUGUUGCGAGCGACUAAUUAGACUUGCAUUUUUUUUUUAUUUCAAUCAUUGUAUGUAUAUUUUGAAGUGGUAUUUUUAUUUACUUAUUUAUUUAUUUAUUUUCUUUUAUUUUGAAGCUCCAAUCCUGUCUAGCCACUGUACUAAAUAGUUUUUCUUUUCUGCUAUUCAAGAUGAAAUGCUUUUACAAGAAGACUUGGUACAAAUGGUACCCAUGAUAAGUGAAACUAAUGCCAUGGCAGAAGAACUUGAUAAAAAGGUAUAUUAUAGUGACAAAAAUUGUUAUUUAACUGAGGAAGGAAAUCAAAGACGCCUUUCAUUUAAGAUGCAUCCUAGAUAAAUAAGACGUUAACUCUACCUUUUAUGCGGGAAUAUAAGGAUUGUCUCGCUUCUCACGCUAAGACAUUUUACAUUCUAUUUGUACGGAAAAACUUCGCGUUUUAUUCAAGAUCAGACUCGUUCUAUUUUUUCCUGGUAAAAAUGACGUCAGCGCCAUUUCGUUUUGGGAAAGGUGUUGUUGGUGUUGUCGGUGUUGUUUUGUGAAGGUUUAGCUUUUUUAUUUUAACAAUCCCAUCUGUUUUAAAAUUCUUUCUGAUUAAUUUUCAGGUGAAGUUUGAAAUUUUAUUGAUAUCACCGCAAGCUCGUGGAUUAAAAGAAGGAAGAACUGAGGUACGCAGGAACAUUGUUUUGUCAGUUUUGUUUUUUGCUUUUGUUGUAAUUGGCUUCUUUUAUGUCCGUGCUGAUUCAGCUUAGAUGAUUCCAUCAAAAAAAAAGCGAACUUAGUUUUCUAGGCUUCUAUGUUAAGCAAUUUGUAGGCGUUAUCCUUACGUAACAAAUACAACUUGAAAGAAUUUAACUGAGUUGAAAUCAUGAUAUACGUUGCUCGGUAGGUGAAAGUCAAGAUGAAAAGCUUGGAGGAUGAUGCAGAGUGGAUUUGGGACCGAAACAAGUUCCUCAAUCGGAAGUUUUUGAUGCAGGAAAUGUAUCAAAACUACGUGGAGGGAGAGGACUGGGAUCUACCACAGGUUUCUGGAUCGCUUAGCCUUACUUCUACUAUUCAAACACAGUAGUGAUAUCGUUGUCAUCACUAAAAUUUUUACAUUUCGUCUGCUUUUGUUGAAGUUAGGCAUUUGUUUUUCGUUGCUCCUGGCUUUUAUUUGUGCCGUAAAUGUUCGAAUAAGCUCCUGCGAGCUUAUUUAAUUUUUUGAACCGACAAGGGUCAAAACCCGAAAACUAGAACAUACAGUAAAAACCCGCAACAAAGAACCUGUAUUUUCGUGCCAAGUUAGCCUAAACGGAUUCUAACAUAAAUGGUAAUCACGAAUUUUAGCCUAACAGGUUCUUAAAAACCAGGUUGUUCGUCGGGGAUUUUAACCGUAUCGCAAUAUAUGUACUUGUGAAGUGCAUAUUCUUAGCUUUUUUCCGGUUCUAUCGAUGUCCUCGAGCAUUUUCGUCAGAGUAUCUGCCUCUUUAACAUCCGACCCUGUAACUUCUUUAAGUUGGCCAUUCUGUAAACGUGUGUUUAACGGAAAAACCGUCAGGAAUGCGUGACACUUGAACUUCAAUAGCUGAUAUGGUGAUACUCGGUAAAGAAAUAUCAACAAGUGUCAAACCUCUUUACCGAGCAUCACCUUAUCAGCUUUUCCCUAAAUGUACUGUAUACCGUAUUUACGGUAAGCAAGACUGGAUUUCCAUCCGUGGGCAUUUUCGAGAAAUAUUGCUUUAGUUUUUGAAUGUAAUCAAGCAGUUAAAAAUAAACUCCGUAUUUAUUUAUUUAUUUGCUUUAAACAGGAGAGAGAUCCAUUCUGGGAGCCGGAUGAUGCAGAAGUGUUGAUCGGUUCGGCCCAUGUCUAUCUCCAAAGCUUAGCAUAUAAGGUACGUUUGUUAGCCUUUAUUUCAAAGUAUUUGGACGCCCUUAAACUGCCACUUCACUAGUAUUCAUCUUGGGGGUCGUUGUUCUUUCAAGAGUUGCUAACUGGCCCGAGUUGAGCCUACCAGUGAAAGAAGCUCUUUACAUCCGCUUUUCCUUGAGCUUUCGCAAUGUUAUCUCUUUCUAUUAAGCCCUGGGACACAUUUCGCGGCAGUUUAGAGACUUCUUAGCGGUGGUCGCGUCUUGAUAAGGACAUCUUUUUUUUAUUAUUUAUUUACUUGUCUAUUUAUUUAUUUAUUUCAAUUAUUCGUACUUAAUUUGUCUUCUUCUUCUUCUUUUCUUUUUUGUAUAUUGUUAAUUCUUUUGCACAGAUUGAAGUUGAGGAAAGCCUCUCGAUAACAGACCACAAGGGGAAUGAACAAGGUCAUCUACAGGUAAAUAAGAAGUUUUUGUCUUCUUUGUACUAGUUAUUUAAGCAGGGUUUGUUUUGGAGGGCGACAUUGCGUUACGACAUCUAAUUCUACAAUAAAUUUUGGUAACUUCCUCAAAUGGUGCUUGUAAAUUGCCUGGAAUCAAGAAUUCGAUUGAAAUCAUAGGAAAUAUCAUCAGUUACGUGAAACUAAGUGAAAAACCAGAAGAAUAGGCCACUUCCGAGGUCCAAAAACCCUCACUUUCAAAAUGAGGCUAGGUGCACAACCUUUCUUGUGAAAAUGAGUCUUAUUUGCAUGAGAAUGAAAAAUGAUUUCCAUAUCAAAGGCUGAGCACCUACCCUCGUUUUGAAACAGAGGCCCCGGGGGAACUCGGAAAUGGCUUAUUAUCGUGUCUGCCAAGGUGCGACUUGGAGAUAAUUAAAAGUUUGGUAAUCAAAUGAUGGGUAGUAAGGAGUAGGGGAAGUCAUCACUAAACAACGGUUAUACAGAGCUUAUUACCAGAGUUUCCUUUCCGCAGAUCGAAGCCUAUCCUUGUGAUGAUAAAGGAAACGAGGACGGUGAUGAUUUUGUCGAAGACCCGAAAGAGUUGGUGUGUAUUUAUAUAAAUUAUCGUAUGAAUACAGCUUUUUGAAUGCAUCUUGUAUAGCUUACAUUUUUAAACCCAUUGACCUCCGUGGUUUUUAGCGAUGAAAAAAAAGGCCCUUUGAAGCUUGUCGAGCCAUUUUCUGUCUGGCUUUAAAGAACUAAAACUACCCCAAGCGCCGACAAUAGGUCUAUCAUUUCGCCGCCUUCUAUUCCGGAUGCAAUUUGUCAGCUUCCGAAAUUCGGCCAUGCGCAGAAAGCAACAUUUCGAGAACCAUUCUGCAUUACAUAGUAGACAAAAUCCAAAUUUAAAUUGCUAAAUAUAAAUUCCCUUUUACCAUCUGGCUUGUUAAGGAUUCCAUGCAAGAACUGACUGACCUAAUGAAAGAGUAAAUCAAUGAAUUUCUCGCAACGUGGCUGACUGACUAACCAACCAACUGACUGACUAAUUUGCAUGGCUGGCUGGCUGGCUGACUGACUGACUGACUUAAACCGAGUGACUAAUUGACUGACUGACUUAGCGAGUCAGAUUGACGGACUGGCGAACUCACUCACUGAGAAAUUAACUGACAUACUGAGAGGUUUUGGUUGACUAAAUUACUGACCAACUGACAGACAGACUGAAUGACCGGCUGGCUGGCUGACCGACUUGCUACUGACUCGCGGACUUACACCGACCAACUACCCGGUAACUGCCUGACUGAAUUAAUGGAACUUAGUUGGCGCGAUCCAUUCAACCAAAAUUCCAACCGGUCCGACCGGGAAAAGUGGUCCACCUCAAAAGGUGGACCCGUUUUUUCGAAACUUUUCCGGUUGGACCGAACCGAUCGAUUGAGUUUUGGACCGAAAUUUCCGGAAAUUUCGGUUGAAUGGAUCGCGCCCAGUGUCUGUGUCGCUCACUAUCGUAUUAAUUUUUUGCAUUCAUUUCUUAGAUUGGACAAUCACUUUUUUUCAAACUAAAAAUUCCACAUGCAAGAGGAUUACCAGCAAGAUUCGGAAAGGUAUUUGUUUGUUUUUGUUGUUGUUUUGAUUAGUUUUAUAUUGUUUUAUUUUAAUUUAUCUUAAGGAAGUCAGAAAACGUUUUAAGGAUCUUGACCUCUGUCUUUUAAAGUUAAAAAAGGAAAAAACGCAUUCGCAAGUUGUACUUUCUGUAGCUGCAAAGUGUUUUUAUGUGUAAUACGUAACUGUGUGGAGACUUUGUAGCAAUUUCUGUUCAUGUUCACACCAUAGCGGAUAGCAUUUCGUGCUAUCCGGCAUAUUAAGAACGCUUAUACCAUAUGUGAAUCUCCAGUUAGGAGAUCGGCGCGGCGCAACUUUGCUCCUUUACAGAUAUCGCAGCGAAAUCACCACUCUUGUGUGUGAACAAAAGCUCUAUCCGGUAUAGUUUUCGUGCGUAUAGUGUGAACCGGGCGGGGGGAAGAGACGAGGUCUGGGACCAAGAAACGAUGUUCUCCUCACAACUUGCAAAGCGGUCACCUUGCCUGUUGGUAAGCGGAUAAUUGCAGUAAUUUACCCAUAAUUGCCAACAAGCAGCCUCGCGAAGAUGCGAGGCGGCAGCCUAAUAGAGCUGUGCGCGAUUGUUCCGGGGGUAGAAAAAAUCUCGAAACGAUGUAACAUAGAGUAAUGUAAGGCAACUGUGACGUAAUGCAGGACAGAGAAUGCAUUGUUUUCGAGCGAACACGUGAUGCAGAUCAGAGAUAUCCACGAGCCGUGUGCGUUUUUGUGACUCAAUCGUCGGGUGGAUCAUUUCCAUCCUACGCGAUAUCUGUCGCAUUUGCCCACCGGAAUUUUUUAUUGCAUGCUGCUCAGAGCAAUAAUAACGCAGCGAAAUUUUGUGCGUCUUUGAUGCAGAAUACAUUAGCUGCGGUCACAUCUGGGCUACUAACUAUAGUUAAGACGGGGUUAACUUUUGUUAGCUAUUUCGGCAACGUGACCGUUUCUCUGUUCGCCUUAACCAUAAUUAGAACAUUUACGCCUCGGUGAUCCAAAACAAUACAGACUAAUUAUAGUUAUAUAUACCCAAGCAGGGUUCGUGGGUUAGUCUUAAGUUUACAAACAAACAACCAAUGCAAAAUAAAAACCAAGCGAACAAAAAUUUACAUAGGCUAAUUAGAACUAACUGUUAUUAAUUGCGUGGUGUGACCGCAAUGACGAUCGAAAGCACUAACUACCGUUAGGUAUGACGUCACGUAACUUGACACUAACUUAAGUUAAACUUUAGUUACGUAUACGUUGUAGAUGUGACCGCAGCCACUAAUUCGGAAGGUUUCAUUGGCGCAUCAUAAUUUUUUAGCUUUAAAAGGAGACCAAAUAUAAGUCUGCGCGUUGAAUAUUCGCGGACUUUAACAUGAUUUUUUGAGGAUUUUAAGUUUACUUAUAAGACCACUAAACUUUACCCAAAAUGACUUGUGCGCAACUUCAGACAAAAACACGAACUUCAAUAUCUCGAAAAAUUCGCUGCGUAAAGUCGGGAUUUCAAAUUCUCUUUGCAGUAGAACAGUGUAGUUCACUAUUUUCAAACAACAAAUUAAAGUAAGGGGCACACAUACACCAAUCCCAUGAUCCGACUUGCCCGCGCAUGUCGUGGGAGAACUGCCGUGCGGUUCCCAGCCAACAGCUCUCACAUGUGUUGUGUGGAGCUGGCAGGUAAAGGACUCGCCACGGCAGGAUCAGUUUCUUUUAUAUACGGUUUUUGCCCUGUCACUGACCGACGGCUAUGCCAGGCUGACGAUCCCCAGUAAGGGCGAAACAGCUGUUCAUGUGCCACUGCCCGCGUGAUAUGUCUGUGCGCAUGUGUGAGGUAAUGAUCAGGCCGUGGGUUGGUGUAUGUGUGUCCCUUGCUUUAAUCUGUAGCUGUCACUGCCCGCGUGAUAUGGCUGUGCGCAUGCGUGAGAUAAUGGCCCGGCCGUGGGUUGGUGUAUGUGUGCCCCUUGCUUUAAGUUUGCACUAUUUCAAUGCAGUCGAAUUAAGCUAGAUCUAUUUUUCAUCAAUUACAUUAUUUCAUGACAUUUCUAAACAAAUUCGACAGUGCGCGCGUAUUUGUGAAAUAUUUUCGUCUGCUGGCACUUAGCGAUAGCUGUAACUAGUAAAUAUUUUAGAAGCGAGAAGCGAACACGCAGAGGAAAUAAUUCAGUUCAGGUAUGUUCGCUCGUAUUUAUAAAGCUCUCUUGAAUAGACUUUACUUCCGACAAAUUUGACAUUUCCCCCAGUAAUUUUUAUCAGCAUCAUAACUUCUAUAAUCUUCUGAUGUCCUCGUGCGGCAAAACGAUGUUAACCUAUAAACUCGAUCAAUAGUCCAGCGCGCGUCGUUGUCGAUUUAAGAGCGCGAUUUACACAGUUGUAGUGACUGUCGCUUGCAUUUUGCAAUUUCAGUACCAAGGGACAAAUAUGAUAUGCGAAAAAAGCAAAGAGGCAUGUGUGAUAACUCUUCAUUCCGUUUAUUACGCUCAGUCAACACCUUGAAUUCAAAGUUAAAAGUCAAUACGAUGCCAGUAAACAAAUGACAACUAUUUCUGAAAGCUCUCUACCUUGAAGCGACGUUCAUUAUCCUUAUGUUUGCAGCAAAACACUACUCGAUAGCUCAACUCUUCAGCGGUUCUUGGGAGCCCUAGGUUGCAUAUUCUAAACUCUGCUAAAGACAAUUGAUUUAAAGAAAGAGCAAACCACACACUGUGCCUGAAAAGCGACAUAAAAUUAAUAAAUUGGCGAGUUACCAAAAGAUGAUAGUGAGAAACAGUCCCGCAUUCGACCGCCAUGGUUUUGUUGCUUCUCAAAAACUGUUGACCUUUUUAUUAUUAUUAUUAUUAUUAUUUUAAAUUAAUGUCCAUGAUCAGCACAGAAAUCCGCUGACAAGACCCUUGAUCGCUCUGCAAGUUGUGAGAGCGUCGUCUGGAUUGAUUUCAUUUAAGAGAAUACAUGGGAAGUAGUCAUACAGGGGAGAAACCAAAAGUGCGCGCGCAAGUGAAUAUUCUAAAGCCUCUUUUUCUGUAUGUUAACGUGAAAAUGCUUUGCUUUGAUGUUAGGGAGAGACACACUGUAAAUUCAAGCUGUACCUUGAUCACGAAUAUUCAGUAACAGGCCGUGUCUCAGGCACUAUAAAUCCGUCUUAUGCGUAUGAAAAGAAGUAUUCCUUUAACCCCGUUACUAAACAGGUUUGUAAGACAUGUUUGUCUAGUUUCCUUCAGUUUGAUAUUUGACCUUGAAAUUUUCGUUAAUUCACCAAGAAGGUUAUUUAAUUGUUCGGUUACUUACUUAUUUGUUUAUUUAUUGUAUUUACGUAUUUAUUUUUUUAUUUUAUUUUAUUUAUUUAUUUAGAGAUAGCAACAAAGUCACACUACAAGGCUGUAGUUCAGGGCCCAGUUGUUCGAAGACCGAUAAGCACUUACCCCAGGGUUAAAUUUACCCCGAAUUUCUUUUUCUUUCGCUCAAAAGAAUUUUCUCUGUUAUUUUUAAGAGCAUCCAAUCAUCAACUUGUUGACAAAAAGAAUUAAACUGAAUUUACUUUUUAAGCUUUCAUAUCUGUAUUCAAAUUUCGCACUAACCCUUAGUUAUCUUAACCCAGCUUUGCACGAACCGGCCCAGAAAUACAACAACCUCUGUCGGUCAUGUUGAUUUCGGGUUACACUGAAUCCAAUUCCGUGUCGUCAUCCUUUUCAAAACCCUCCGUUUUUAUCCUUCCACGCGAGUACAGCAAAACGCUGGAGAGGAUUAUUUUUUUUGUUUUGUUUUGUAAGGAUACGUUUGUGGUGACUGUUUUUACCGGAUACGUGUGGACAGCAGGCUAAACCGGAGAAAAAGAUCUUCAAACAUAUAAACGGAUACGAGUGGACGAGACCUAAAUUUUCUAUAUUAACGUACACCCCUCGACAACGGCCACUUUAUUUUGUCCCGGCAAACAGUCCAUACAUUGACCCCUAUUUAAACUUCUCUACAACGGCCAACUCUCUACAACCGACAACGGCUACUAAUGCGUGUCCCCAACUGCCAAAAUAACUUCUCCACAACGGCCAGUUUGUUUUAAACGACUGAUGAAAAAGUCAAGAAUGGUCACGAAUUUAUCCAUAUGGCACGUUUGUUAUCAAUCGCGGUAAUCGCAUUUGGAUUCGUUUCAUUUAGACUGCUGCAGUAAGCAUAAAUUGCCCACGGUACUUAUAGCGAAUUUGCGAACCUUGCUCAUUCGGUCACGUUAACAUUUGAUUCAAGACAUAAUUGAAGCUUUUUGUGUAUUUUAUCUUCUUAUACAUUACGUAUGAUUGGAUUGCCGUGAUUAUGGGACACAUUAAGAAUGAACUUAGCACAAAAAAAAAACAUGUUGUACUCCCUAAAAAAGUAUUGCUCAUGUAACACCCCUUCCUCCCCAUAACGGCCAUAUCUCCACAAUGGCCACUUUCUUCUGUCCUCAAGGUGGCCUUUGUGGAGAGGUUCGACUGUAAAAAAGCACGCAAUAAGUAAUUAGUGAGGCUCAAUUAGUAAGGCACCUUGCCUGAGCUAUAAGACAUGAGACUUUAAUAAAGUUCAUCAUCAUCAUCAUCAUCAUCAUGAUUAUGAUUAUUAUUAUUAUUAUCUCUAUUAUCGCAGUCUUUGUUGGUGUUCUUUUUGUGCAUCAGCCGGGCGCAAACCUUGCACCUAGAGCGUCAGUCACUCAAGUCAGUCAUUCUGUUCAUACACUGAGCACCUUUCUGAGGAUUCGUGCAGAUCCCAGCAUGCAGAUCUUUUGAAUCUCUGUCAUAGUAGCUCUCUCUGAUACUUUCUUGAUGCUUUCUACCAUACCCUUCUUUACUUUACCAAGCGCUAUUAUUAUUAUUAUUAUUAUUAUUAUUAUUAUUAUUAUUAGAGGUUCGACUGUAAAGCACACAAAAAUUGUCGUGUCAUUUUUGUUUGUUUGUUUUUCAUUGACAGUUCGUGGACUAUUUACUGCACACACCACUUGUUGUUGAGGUAUGGGGGAAGCAAAGCGGAAGAAAAAUUAGCCGUAAAGAGACAGGAGGCGGCAAGAAUAAUCCGGUUCCUUUGCAAAGAACUUCUGAGGGACAUGAAGUGCAGAACAGCAUGUCAAAUGGCAGUAUUAUGGUAAAAGACAACAACGUGUUGGUGACCUUUUAGUGUGAAUAUAACCUUUUCUGUUUUUUUUUUUCUUUCCUGUUUACGCUAUUGGAACAUUAACACUUAUAUGAGCAAAAAGAGUCCCCCUUCCCCCCAAACAAUUUUUUUUUUUAAUCCUACAAAACACAAUGAAGAGUCCCUUGCAAAAGGUCUGCAAAAAAGGUUUCAUUUGAAUAACACAACCAUAGAAUUUCGUCCACAGACUCAAUAGUUAGAACUACACGCUAAAUAAAUAGUACCAUGUGAAAGUACUGCUGAAGAGGUUUCAUUUGGAUUGUCACACCAUAAGAUUUCAACCACAGACUCAAAAGUUAGAGCCACGUACUAAAUAAAUAGUUCCAUGGGAAAGUAUUGCUGAAGAGGUUUCAUUUGAAUGGUCACACGAUAGGAUUUUAUCCACAGACUCAAAAGUUAGACUUACAUACUAAAUAAAUAUUACCAUGCAUAUGUUAACUUGCUGCCAAAGAAUUUUCAUUUAAAUGAUCCUGAGCACCAAAGUAUUCCAUCCACAUCUUUUAAAGUUAAGCAUGCGCAAUAACUUGGUCCAGGAAUUAAAGGUUUAAAAAAGAGAAUUAACGAGAGCUUCCAAAAUUUGGCUGGCGACGUCAGCUCAAAUUGACAAUCGCACAUCUAUCGCAACAUGGUAUUCUGUAAUAGUGGUUUGAAAUAUAAACCUUCGUAUGCAAACUGGAGCUUAAGCUAUCUGUAUUUGGACUAAUUGGUAAAAGCGUUGACUUUUUCACUGAAUGCCUGGGAGACAGUUUUAAUCCUCGAUUCUUCACACAGCAACACAAAGGAGCCGCCAGGUUGUAAAUAACAAGCGUGUUUUUAACUUUAUUAGCCUAGCUGUUCCAGGCGUUCGGAUAGUGGAGUGUGACGCGAAGUACAUCUCAGGCUAUAACUAUAUUGAUGUUGGUAACUUUGAUAUUUUAGUCAAAAGAUGAAGCCCAGAACAUGAAGCUUGAGCUUCACAAGUCACAGAAAAGAAGUGAAAGAUUCGAAAAGAAGUUGGUGAGUUGUGAAUGGACACCGAUGAAAGUGAUGUUUUUCUUUUUCGUGUGUGCCUUUUUAAGGUGGAUUUCCACUGUCACGUCAGUUUUACAGGGGUACGCAAGUAAAUUUUGCGCGCGAAAUAAAAUAGAGGCAUGCAUGGAAGAUCGCGAGUAAACGCAAAAUUUUACAGCGAAACUUCAUAUAUUACCUCUGUUUUAUUUACCCGUGUAAAAAUUUUUUGCAUGCGCAUGGAGUAAUUAGUCGAGAUUGGAAAUCGGCCACCUUUAGAGUCCUUGAACCAUUUUUCUUAUGAUAUUUUUCCGAUUGUUGUAAAAGGAUCUAUUAAUUGCGUGAAAUGGAUUUAACGAAAGUGUUGUUGGAGAAUCUGGCCGUGAAUGAUUGAUGUUCUGUAUUUGUUUUUCAAACACAUGUAGAGUGAACAAGAAAGAAAAAUAGUAUUGCAAAGAAUUUCUAGCCAAAGAAUACCAUGACAGUGUGGUUCAUUUUCAGUUUUACUCUGAUUUACAUACAAAAUGGUUUUUUCAAAUCCAGAAAAAGAUGCGAGGGUUAGUAGAGGACGCUAAAAACAAGGGUAUCUCCACGAUACAGGUAAGAAGCCAAAGGAUAUGUAAAAAGUACAUCUAUAAAUAUAUCUGUGUCUAGUAAUUUGCAAUUAUCUUGUAAAGUGAACUCGAAUAAUAUUUUACUAUAUAACAAAGAAGAAAAAGCUACUCACUUCGUGCCGUUUCUUUCAAUGAAAAUUUCGUAAUCAAAGUACGUUAAUUUGCCGAUUUCCUGAUUUUCCCAACCUGUAAACAGAUAGAUGCAAUUGAAGAUAUCUUAAAUGGGGGUGAAGGCGACAAGUUCAAGGCAACCGCUGACAUCGUUCUUCACACGCAGAAGUCUGUUGACAAGGAUGGCAAGAUCAGCAGUGCCGCCUGCUCCGUACAGUGACGAAAUGUAAAGUUAUUUACCGUUAUUACGUGACGUUUGACGAAUAGUCCCAAACAGGGAACCAGGAUUCCAUCUAAAUAAAAUGUCUUCCACAGCAAAAUAAACGGCAAAUCCCGAGAGGGCUGAAUGGUAAAUCAAUUAGGCACAUGAGAAGUUUCCUUUGAAAAAAGAUUUUCGCAAUGUUAAGUAGUGCUUGUGCGUGAACCAGCGUCAUUUUGGCGGGAAAACGUCAUAGCUGUGGUCAUUCUACUAUGAGUUUUAGGGAGAAUGUCGUAGUGACGGAAACAAGUUAUCAAAUGUUAGAAGAGGGAGAGGGCUUAACAUCCUUCAAUGUAGAUAGGAGUGCUACUGUUUCUGUUGAAAAAAAGUAUAAUGAAUCUUUCCAGGAUGUCUAUUUUUUAAGAAUACGCGAAAGAAAUUUUUGAUCAACUCUCGUUCUCAUAGCCGUUCACGUCCUCGAAUCUAAAGUUCUCACCAAAACAGGCACAACAUUCGGUUAAUACUGUACACAAUUUCAGUUCCUGGGACUCUUUUCUACCUAUCUCGAAUAUGUUGUUUCUAACAAACAUUUAUAAUCCUCUUAGUACUUUGAACAGUGAACCGGGGAACGUCGUUGUGUCUUCUUUAGCCCCCAGCUGUAAACGAUAAGUGUGAGCUACCGAAGCUGUACAAGACAUUAGUAGCGUUUGGUUUGAAAUAAUAAUUAGCCUCGAGUGGGGCAUCCCCAUCUAUGUAUAAUUAACUAUUUAUAAUUCAAUUAUGUCAUAGGCCACUCACUCGUGUAGUUGUUUAUACUUUUUGGCUUUUUGAAAUUGAAAGAGGUAUUUUUAUAUUUAUUAUGUUAACAUAUUUAUUAUGUUCCUUUUCUCAAAGAGAAGUAAUAAUACAGCGUUAUGCUUCAACGGCGUUCUUUUAGUUGGGUGUGGUGUUUAUUUGAGGACGUAGUUUAUUGGUGAUGGUCUUACAUCUACGUCGCGGGCGGCGUUUAUUCAAAGGCGGCGUUUAAUCAAGUAAAUAAACUAUAUGUUGUAGUCAUUUUAUUAUUAUUUUUUUUUAUCUCAGGUAAUUUUUCUUUUUCUUUCGUUUCAACUUCAUCAGCAUACAUUACCAUACCCAAAAACAAAAGAACAACAGAAAAUUACCUGAGAUAAAAAUUAACUACUACAUAUACAAAUGAGGUGAAGCAAGAGUUACCCGAUACCUACUUGGAAUGCGCCGAGAACGGUGCACAGGCGACAGAACAGUGAGAGUUCAACGAUGUGAAUGCACGUAUUUCUAAUAUCAAUACUUGCUUUUCGCGGCAUAAAUUAGAGCAUUAUAUUGUGAAGAAGGCCGUCGUUAAACCUAAAUGUUCUUCUGUUUGUCAAGUUGAAGGGCUCAUCGAUCACCUUGUAAAGUGCACAGUGCAGCAAGAUUAAUAAAUGAACAACAUCGUAGGC